CAAAGCAAAUGCAUCAGCAACGCGCGGAACCGGUUCAACAGUAAGUGUGAAAGCAGAUUCGUUGAACCUGGACACACCCAAUUUCGAUCUAUAUAUACCCGCAUCGCAACUUCACACAAUAACUCAACCCAAAAACAAAAUAACUUCUUCAUUUCACCGCAUCUCUAUUAUCAUCUUCAAAUAUAUAAUUUCAUAAUGAGUAUUUUCAUCUCUCCAAUGAUGGCAGUGAUCGGCACUCGCGGAAAAAACGACAUAAAAAACGCAGUUCCGGUGCCAGAGUCAGAGCUGAAGAAGAGAAACGAAGAGCUUGAGAAGGAGUUAAAAGAAAGCAAAGAGAGAGAAGAUCAAAUGAGACGGCAAUUACAGAUCACGUGGGAGAGGCUGCGCGUGGCGGAGGAAGCCGAGGAGCGGCUCUGCUCACAGCUCGGAGAGCUUGAGGCAGAAUCCGUUUACCAUGCGCGCGAUUACCAUGAUCGCAUAGUUUCUCUGAUGGAUCAGCUCUCAAACGCGCAGAGCCUCCUCCAUAAAGCGCUUCCUUCAUCUUCUACCUCCUCAUGAUUCAUUUCUGAAAACUAGUCUGGUUAGGUUUUGUAAUAAUUAUUGCUAUUUUUAGAUUAGAUGUAUGUAUAUGAUUUUGUUUAUUUUUUAUGAUUGAAGAUUGAUCAUCCAUAUUAGCGUGGAUCCAGUCUUGUUCUGCUGUAACAAAUUUUGGUUUGAUUUGUUAAUUCGAUAUAUUUUGAUUGAAUGGAUUGGUUUUGGAAUUUCAA